AUGUCGCAGCGGCUCGCAAAGAAGCCAGCGGGCAGUAGCGGCGAGGGCUCACGGCAUUUUGGCCCAAUGUUCAACAAGGAUCUGGGCCAACACAUUCUUAUCAACCCACUGGUUUCGCAGGGCAUUGUCGACAAGGCGCGGCUGAAGCAGACAGACACCGUGCUCGAGGUCGGCCCGGGAACUGGUAAUUUGACGGUGAAAAUCCUUGAGCAGGCGAAGCGGGUGAUUGCAUGUGAGGCUGAUGCCCGACUGGCGGCCGAGCUGACAAAGCGCGUGCAGGGCGGGCCAUUCCAGCACAAGCUGGAGAUCAUCCACGGCGACACGCUGCCUUUCUUCGACGUGUGUAUCUCUAACACGCCGUACCAGAUCUCCUCGCCACUGACGUUCAAGCUGCUCUUCCACCGGCCGAUCUUCAGAUGUGCCGUGCUGAUGUUCCAGCACGAGUUCUCGCUGCGGCUGAUCGCGCGGCCGGGCGACUCGCAGUACGGGCGGCUGUCGUCAAUUGCCAGUUUCGAGAGCAGCGUCGUGCGCAUCGAGCCACUGGACCCGCCGCCUCCCGUUGACUUUGAGGAAUGGGACGGCAUGGUGCGCAUCGCUUUUUCGCGCAAGAACAAGACGCUGGCCGCCAACUUCAAGUCGACCGCGACCAUGCAGAUGCUCGAGGACAACUACAAGACGUUCUGCGCCUCCAACGAGUUGAUGAUUGAGCCCGACUUUGACAUCAAGACCAAGGUGCUGGGCGUGCUCGAGCAGCUGAGCUUCUCUGACACGCGUGCGGCUAAGAUGGACGGCGUUGACUUCCUCAGGAUGCUGUCGGCCUUCCACGACGCCAAUAUCCACUUCUGCUAA